AUGAGGAAGCGCCUGGAGCCCCGUCUCGUCUGGGCGCUGGACACCGCCUCCGCCUCGCCCGCCCACCUGCCGCCCCCAUCGCCCUCCUCGUCCCCGAAGCCGCCCCGCCCCGCGGCACCGUUCCUCGCCGUGCUUUUCCGCCGGGGCCGCGCGGACGCCGCGGCGCUCCUCAACCGCCGCCUCCGCGGGGCGCCCGUCCCGGAGGCCCGCUCCCUCCUCUCCGCGCUCCCGGACGUCCGCGACGCCGUCUCCUACAACACCGUCCUCGCCGCGCUCUGCCGCCAGCGCGUGGGCGGUGGCGACCACCUGCACCAGGCGCUCUCCCUCCUCGCCGACAUGUCGCAGGAGGCGCACCCGGACACCCGCCCCAACGCCGUGUCCUACACCACGGUCAUGCGGGGGCUCUGCGCGUCGCGCCGCACGGGGGAGGCCGUCGCGUUGCUCCGGUCCAUGCAGGCCAGCGGCGUCUGCGCCGACGUCGUCACGUACGGCACGCUCAUCCGUGGGCUCUGCGACGCCGCGGAGCUCGACGCGGCGUUGGAGCUGCUGGCUGAGAUGUGCGGGAGUGGUGUUCAGCCCAACGUGGUCGUGUACAGCUGCUUGCUUCGUGGGUACUGCAGGUCCGGCAGGUGGCGGGAUGUAGGCAAGGUGUUUGAAGAAAUGUCCCGCCGGGGGAUCGAACCGGAUGUGAUCAUGUUCACUGGUUUAAUCGAUGACUUGUGUAAAGAGGGAAGGACGGGUAAGGCUGCAAAGGUGAAGGACAUGAUGGUGCAGCGGGGGCUGGAGCCAAAUGUAGUGACAUACAAUGUGCUCAUCAAUUCCCUGUGCAAGGAAGGAUCGGUAAGGGAGGCGCUUGCAUUGAGGAAGGAGAUGGAUGACAAGGGUGUGGCACUGGAUGUUGUGACAUACAAUACCCUGAUCGCAGGGCUUUCUGGUGUGCUUGAGAUGGAUGAGGCAAUGGGUUUGCUUGAGGAGAUGAUUCAGGGAGAUACUGUAGUUGAGCCUGAUGUGGUGACUUUCAACUCAAUUAUACAUGGACUAUGUAAGAUCGGUCGGAUGAGACAAGCAGUCAAAGUUCGUGAGAUGAUGACCGAGAGGGGGUGUAUGUGUAACUUGGUGACUUUCAAUUAUCUGAUUGGUGGAUUCCUUAGGGUUCACAAGGUUAAGAUGGCUAUGAACUUAAUGGAUGAGCUGGCUAGUUCUGGAUUGGAACCUGAUUCAUUCACCUAUAGCAUAUUGAUAAAUGGCUUCAGCAAGAUGUGGGAAGUUGACCGUGCGGAAAUGUUCUUGCGUACAAUGAGGCAACAUGGGAUAAAAGCCGAGCUAUUUCACUAUAUUCCUUUGCUUGCAGCUAUGUGUCAACAGGGAAUGAUGGAGCAAGCUAUGGUUCUGUUCAAUGAAAUGGAUAAGAACUGCGGGCUCGAUGCUGUCGCAUAUAACACAAUGAUCCAUGGCGCUUGCAAAUCAGGGGAUACGAAAAUGGUUAAACAGUUGAUUAAGGAUAUGCUUGUUGAGGGUCUGGCUCCUGAUGCCGUGACAUAUUCAAUGCUAAUCAACAUGUAUGCAAAAUUAGGAGACCUAGAAGAAGCUGAGAGGGUGCUUAAACAGAUGACUGCAAGUGGCUUUGUGCCUGAUGUUGCUGUAUUUGAUUCACUGAUCAAAGGCUAUAGUGCUGAAGGCCAGAUAAACAAGGUUCUGAAAUUGAUACAUGAAAUGAGAGCCAAGAAUGUAGCUCUUGAUCCAAAAAUUAUCUCGACCAUUAUCCGCCUUCCUGAACAGACGCCACUGCUCUGGUCUGCCACCACCGCCUCGGUCCCUCACAGCCAUGGGCCAUCAAUAUUGCAAUCAGCUCCACCAUCCCUCACUCCCGUCCACCACUAUCAUGUAGCCUUGACCAGUCGUGCCCUGUGA